CUUAAUUUUCGAAACUGCGUUUCGAAAAUUUCGCGUUGUUUUUGUUUUAUUUCUCAUGUUUCUGUUUUGUUAUUGUUUGGCUUUUUGCUGAUUGGCAGAUUUUAGCGGAGAGUUCCUUACUUUCUUGGGAGAACUGGGUGGUUGUGGAUCGUUGUGUUGUGUUUUUGUUAAGAAUCCCAAAGUCUGGAGAGGAAUGGCGGAGAACCUGAAGAUCUGUGAAAUCGAUCCUGAUCUGAAGAAAAAGCUGAAAGAUUUUCGGUUCCGCAAGGAGAAGAACAACGCGGCGCUGAUCAUGAAGAUCAGUAAGGAGGCGCGACUGAUCGAGUGCGAAGAAGAGCUGGCCGACUGCCAGCCGGAAGACGUGCGCGACGCCCUGCCCGAGCGCAAUCCCCGGUUCUUCUGCUACAGCUUCCGGCGCGAGCACGCGGACGGCCGCGUCUCCUACCCGCUGUGCUUCGUCUUCAGCUCGCCCCUCGACUGCAAGCCGGAGCUGAACAUGCUGUACGCCGGCUCCAAGACGGCCCUCAUCAACGAGCUCCACCUCACCAAGACCUUCGAGCUGCGCGAAGUGCACGACUUCACCCAGGAGUGGCUGCUCGAGCAGCUCUCCCGCUACUGACCACGACAGAGCAGGCAGUCGGUCGGCAAUGACAUGACAGUACAUCGCACUGCAUUGGCCGGUACGAUGCCAUUCACUACUCCUUCCACAACGCCAGUCACAACAAUUCCCCACGCAUUUCCCUUUCCCUCUCUCAACACACACCAAUAGAAGUAGUGAUAGUGAUUUGCUUGUUGAUUUCUUAUGCAUGCCGUUUCUGCUCUCUUUCACACACUCCACAACUCCAACACUUUCCAUUCCUAGACCUUUUUUUUAAUUAUUUUGUAAUAAUGUUAUCCAAAUUUUAUUUAU